UUCACCAAAGCAGACCGAUCCGCAUCUGUUCGUAGCUGUCCGUGUGAUAUUUGCUUUUGUUUACACUCUGCUUCUGUGACACGGGACAGCGUGAACACAGUAGACCAUAAGAUUUAAGCAGUAGCCUACUGACUGUGUAAAGUUUUCCUGACAGCUCUGUCGCUGGUCUGUCUACCACCCGCCCCUAUCUCCCCUGUGGAUUUAAUCGUAUUGCAGGAAGUCCCUCACAUCCUCUCAGCUUGCGCUGUGUGUGUGUGUUUGGGUUUCUGUGGCGGUAUAUUAUGAAGAUCUCAUCAUAAGGAGCCGGGCAUCAUGAGGAUCUACCGGCGCAUGGAGAACUGGUGCCUCAUGAGCGGACUGCGCGCUUUUGUGCUGCUGAUAGUGGGACUGACAGAUGACAUCUCCACUCAUCACUCACCCGCCGGGAGGCAACUAAAAAGUGUGCUCAACAAACUGGAACACUACCACACCAUGGUACCACUACUGCUGGAAGGAAGAGAGCAGCGACCAAUCAGCUGGCUCCGCUCCAGGACGCCUCCUGCUUCGCUGCGCAUCCUGAUCGAAGCAGAAGGACAACAGCUGAUUUUAUCUGUGGAAAAGAACCACGGCCUGUUCGCCAGCCAUUACACUGAGACCCAUUACAGGGAAGAUGGACAGACUGUAAAGAGCACUCACAACUCUACGAUGAAUUGCUAUUACCAUGGUGAAGUCCAAGGAUACAUUCACUCUGAUGUCAGCCUCAGUACAUGCUCUGGUAUCAGAGGGUUCAUCUUACUUGAAAAUAAAACACUGAUGGUGGAGCCAGCUUUUGAGCCAGCAAAUGACACCCAUGUAAUUUAUGAAGGGCAUCACCUACACUUCCCCUCCGGAACCUGUGGACAUGGACACAACAUAUCGACUGUCAGCCAUAUGAGCACUGGAGGACUGACACAAUCAUUCGGCACAAGGCAUAAACGGGAUGUUCAGAAGACCACCAAAUAUGUGGAGCUCAUCAUUGUAGCAGACAACAGAGAGUUCCAGAAACAAGGAAAAGAUGUGGAGAAGGUUAAGCAAAGGCUAGCUGAGAUCGCCAAUUACGUGGACAAGUUUUACAGAGUGUUGAACAUCCGUGUAGCUCUGGUGGGACUGGAGGUGUGGAGUGAUGCCGAUAAGUGUGCAGUCACCCAAGACCCCUUCACAACGCUGCAUGAGUUUUUGGACUGGAGAAAACUUAAACUGUUACCGCAGCGGCCACAUGAUAACGCCCAGCUUAUUAGAACUUUCUCGCGACCCGGUAGGAAUUCUUCCACGGCCAGGGAAUGGGUCGCGACCCGGUGGUUGGGGACCUCUGCUUUAAUGAAUCCAAACAAGGCAAUUGGGGUGUACUUCCAGGGCACCACAAUAGGCAUGGCUCCCAUCAUGAGUAUGUGUACCGCUGAGCAGUCAGGAGGCAUUGUCAUGGACCACUCAGACAAUCCUCUGGGAGCUGCUGUGACUUUGGCUCAUGAGUUGGGCCAUAACUUUGGAAUGAACCACGACACACCAGAGCGAGGAUGCGGCUGUAGGAUGACUGUAGAUCGUGGUGGCUGCAUCAUGACCCCUUCUACAGGGUACCCAUUCCCCACGGUGUUCAGUACGUGUAGUAAGAAGGAUCUGGUGGCUAGUCUGGAGAAGGGGGUGGGCAUGUGUUUAUAUAAUAUGCCUGAAGUCAAAAUGCUCUACGGGGGACAGAAAUGUGGCAACGGAUACAUUGAGGAAGGAGAGGAGUGUGACUGCGGAGAGCCGGAGGAGUGUCUGAACCCCUGCUGUAACGCUACAACCUGCACUCUCAAGGGAGAUGCUGUGUGUGCUCAUGGACAGUGCUGUGAAGACUGCCAGUUAAAACCAGCUGGGACUCCUUGUAGAGAGUCCAGUAACUCCUGUGACUUACCCGAGUUCUGCACCGGAACAAACCCCCACUGCCCUGCCAAUGUGUACCUGCACGAUGGACAUGCGUGCCACAAUAUGGAUGGUUACUGCUACAACGGCAUCUGUCAGACUCAUGAGCAGCAGUGCAUCACUCUAUGGGGACCAGGAGCGAAACCUGCCCCAGGAAUCUGUUUUGAAAGAGUAAACUCUGCAGGUGAUCCCUAUGGAAACUGUGGAAAAGACUCCAAAGGUUCCUUUGCUAAAUGUCAAGCAAGGGAUGCUAGGUGUGGGAAAAUUCAGUGCCAAGGAGGUGCCAACAGACCAGUGAUCGGAACCAAUGCGGUUUCCAUAGAGACAAACAUACCUCUGCAGGAGGGUGGGCGUAUUUUGUGCCGUGGAACACAUGUGUACCUGGGUGACGAUAUGCCUGAUCCAGGACUGGUAUUAGCAGGCACUAAGUGUGCUGAGGGAAUGAUUUGUUUGAACAGGCAGUGUCAGAAUGUCAGUGUCUUCGGAGUGCACAAGUGCUCUGGGAAGUGUAAUGGAAGAGGGGAAUGCAACAACAAGAAGAACUGCCACUGUGAACCUCACUGGGCACCUCCUUUCUGUGAUAGGGCGGGAUUUGGCGGCAGCGUCGACAGUGGACCAAUGAGACAAGCCGAUGUGCGAGUGUGUGUAUUAAUGUGCGUGCUGUCCUAUGUGACAACAGCUGACAGCAGCGCUGUGGCCGUGGGCGCGCUGGUCACCCUCCUUUGCUUGCUGUCGGUGGGACUGAUUGUGUGCCUGAAGAGGAAAGCACUGGUUCAGAUGCUCUGCAUCAAUAAGAAGAGCGCCAUCCAAAAGCUCAGAUCAGUAGGGCGAAAGCGAGCUCCCAGCCCCCCACAGACACAGUCAGUGUUCAGGGUCUCGCCUCAGCACAAGCCCGCCUCUUUACCUUUACAUUCCCGCUGUGACAAGACAUCUCAUCCCAGUUCGGAGCCUCUCCUUCCUCCACACAACUUCCACAGUUUGCGUCGGCUGCCUGAAUGUCCCAUACGCUGCCAACCCAUCCACAUCAGCCACCCCAUGCCCAUCACAGGUCUGCAGCCUCAUAGGACUCUAGUGCCACACACACACACAGCAGGCAGAGCGGCAGGCUUCCACACACUCCCACGCCAGCUGCCCUACGCUAACAUCCAGGACCACGACAAGCCCAGUCCCCCACAGAAACCACUUCCUGCAGACCCCUUAAUCAGAGGCCACGGGGUGGGUCGGAGCACAUCUGCAGGGGGAGUGCGGAUAACUGGACCUCUAGCCAUCCCGAUUCCAACAGUACCACGACCGGCCCCUGCCAUACCACUACCAAACAGACCUCUUCCCAGAUUACCACAGCCCUUUUAUGAUCAUUGACAUAUGGACACCACAGCACUGGGUGAAUUUCACCAGCAUCUGAACACACUUGUUUGCACUAUGAAAACUCUGUUGGACCAAGUGACCACCCCUGCAGAAACUCCACGGAGGGUCUCACAGAGAAGAGGGCUGACCGGACACCUUGGUGCUGCACCUCCUCAGAAAAGGUGUUAGUUUGUCCUCGCUCAGGUACUGCAGAACUAUUUAAGAUGUAUAUUUAUUGUGAGGAGGAAACUAUGUGCUGUGCUUGAUACUUUUUUUUUACUGUAUGAUAAUUUUUUCUUUGUUUUUACAUGUUGAAAAAAUGCUGAUUGAAAAUAAGCCGACCAAUCAUGUUUUCUUUUUUAAAUUUCAAUUCAUCUUAUGGUAAGACUUACAUUGGUGUUGUGAAGAUCACAAAAACCUGCUUUCAAAUGACGCGGCAUGUCUGGGAUACUGGAGUACAAGUAACAUUAAAUCUGAAUGACUAAACACAGAGCGCUGGAGUCAGUGCCACUAAGUGCAAAAAAACCUCAAUAGUUACUUGAAUGAGGCAUGAUGACGAAUGAUGUCAUGAAGGAGGAAGUGAUGUGAGCCAUUAUUGUUCAGUCAUCUGUGAGAACUGACAAACCAACUUUUCGUGAACUACAGUACCUUAAAAUCACAUGUGCUUGAGCAAAUGCAGUGCUACAGUAUCUGUCAAAGCAAGAAUCGCUAUUACUAUUGCUACAACUUUAGCCCUAAGCAUUCAGCUUUGUUUGUAAUGAUGUGCUUGACAGCCAAAACUGAGUUACAUCAAUUAGGGCUGAGUUGUCUAGAGAACAGAAUAUGCAUUGCAACUGCACAGCAAUGGCUUGUCAAGUUUAUCUACAGAAAAUGAAAAAAAAUCCAGUCAGUAUUUAUAGUCCAAACACUUGAAAGGUCGUGAUGUUCCUUUUUCCAACAUGUUUUGAAACAUUCAGAGAAAUACCAGUGGCAACACAAAAUAUGUAGUAAGCACCACAGACCUUAAGAUAUCGCGGAAUAGCAGAUCAGCAUUCCCACUGAGCCAUCAGCAUCCAGCAGCUGUCAUGUCUGUGUCAUUAUGGCCUUGUUGUGCUGUAUACACACGUUCUGUGAAAUAUCUUCCAAUACUUGAGGUUAUAGAUGUUGAAUUUUCUGCACUGUAUUUCUUGUAUUAGUUUUGACAGUAUACACAACCAAUCGAAAGUUUAGGGUCAGUGAAAUUUUCUUUCAAAGAAAUGAAUAAUUUUAUUCAGCAAGGAUGCAUUAAAUUGAUCAAAAGUGACAGUAAAGAUAUUUAUUACUUAUCAGUAAAGAUUUCUAUUUCAAAUAAGUGCUGUUCUUUUGAACUUUUCUUCAUCAAAAAAGUAUUAUUUAUAUAUAUAUAUAUAUAUAUAUAUAUAAAACACAUGCACACCGAAGACUGGAGUAAUGAUGCUGAAAAUUCAGCUUUAUCUUUAAAAUAUAUUAAAAUAGAAGACCGUUAUUUUAAAUUGUAAUAAUAUUCCAUGAUAUUACUAUUUUUAAUGUAUUUUUGAUCAAAUAAAUGCAGCUUUAUAAGAGACUUUCAGAAAAAAUUCUUACUGACCUUAAACAUUUGAUUUAAGUAUAGUCUCUUUAGCCAAAUAGUAAUUUUUCAUGACCUUCUCACAGAAGUGUUCAACAUCAAGAUGAUGUAAAGUACACAGGAUGUAGUAAAUAUCACUGCUGGUGUGUGUCGUCACAAUUAUGUUAUUUUUACACAACAAGUGUUUCCUACUUGCCCAUAACACAGCUCUCUUUAUGCACAGCUGGGCUCACUGUUAUUCAUAAACUUACGAGAUUGUUGUUCUGCUUGGUACUUCACCCUGAGGGGGAAAUUACACUUCAGUUUUUCCACAUAAUAUUCCAGCAUUGUUGCUUUGGGAGUAUAACAAACCCAGCUGUCACAGUAUUUCAUUCAAGCUAAGCCUGUGUGUGUUUCUUUAUGUUCUUGUUUACCUAUUCACAACAAUGUAUGUACAUUUGACCUUUUUAUAUGCACUCGUGGAUGUGUUAAAAUGCUCACUUUUUUAUUUUAUUUUUUAUUUUUGUCAGAUAAUGUGUCAAUCUGUGGUCAAAGAUGAUUGCUCAGUUUUUGCACUGGGUGUUGAAUUCAUUGUGUAACAAUUUUAUAUUCUACAAAGUCCAUUUUAAUUUCUAUGAAUUAGGAUAUUAAAAGGGAAAUGUGAAUGCCUUCAAAAAAUGUAACUGGAUACUGAUCAUGUAAGGACUUGAACGAGAACAAUAAACGAGGAUAUUGCUAUCGUGAAUU